AUGAAUUUUAAAGAUUUACAAUAUUCAAUUGGGAAAUUUAAAGCAGAUGUUCAUUCACAGAUUGCAAAAAAGAAUCCUCUACAAAAGCAAGAUACAAAAGCUUUAUCAACUUGGAUUUCUCAAGAACGUUAUGAUUUGGCUUCCAUGAAGACAGUAGCAUAUGAACGUUCUGAAACAGUGAAAGCCUUAAAAGAUUGGAUAAAAGAAGAAGCUGCUGAAGAAAAGUCCGAAAAUGCACAAGAUUUAGAAGAUAUUGUGGGAAAUAAGCUAUGCUAUUUAUUAGAUAAACAAAUCGAAAUUGAACAAGAAUUUGCAGGUAGGAAAAAAAAAUGGAGGGGAUAG